GUUUCAUGGAGUCCAAGCCAAGCAGCUCAACUUGCCCUGACUGUCUCAUGGCAAAUCGAUCUCGAGUUGCGCUCCGCAUUAUCUGGCAUGUCUGCCCACCCGUCUCAACGUGCAUCCACCGUUCCUGCCAUGGCCUUCUCGUUGCCUUCUCUGCCGCGUUCCCCGCCCCUCGCAACUGGCCCACUGCCAGCCCUCGGCACGGCCGAUAAUCCGAGAUUUCCCCAACGCCUGACGUCACGCGACCUCCCUGUCCGCAGAGCUUGUUCGAGUUCGCCAACAUCCGCAGAAUUCGCAGCCUUUGCAUCUGCAGACGCUUCAACAAGUUCCAAAUCAGCGGAUUCGGGAGGGUCGGCUGAGGCUGCCGCGCGUGGACGGCCGUAGCUGGCUGCCUGGGACGGGACUGGGCCCUCGUCUGUCUCCCUCGUAGCGCGCGGCGCACGGCAGCAUUCAGCGCCGCAUUGCCCUCCACGAGUCGCCCCGGCGUGAGGCCCCAUGAGGCGCGUAUUCUUACCCUUUCUACAUCAUCGCCAUCUCGUGCUGCUUUCUCUUAUCAUACUGCAUGUGUCCCAUCCCCCUCGCCUAAGACCUUCGCUGCAUGCGCCCCGCGUCCCGCUGCCUCCCGCAAUCCGUCCGUCCCCCACAUUGCGCCAUUCUGUCCCCCCUCCACUGAGUGCUCCACGUCCCGCGCGCCGAUUCUUUCCGCCAUGGGAGCGGCUACACCUGCCCAAGCCCUUCCGCGACUCCCGCCGCCACAGGCGCCAGGAGCAGCUGACGCGCGCGAAUCUUCCCAACAGGCUUCGCCAUCCCACGGCGAACCGUCACCGCCCCACGGGAGGUCAGCGCGUGGCUUUGCAAGCGGCUGCUUUUCCCUGUAUGACGCCGCUCGGCGCGCUCGCAGCUACCUUCCGUUAGAGUCACAACCUUCUGAGUCACCACGGGCACAGCCAUCGCCCCUCCCAACGGCAGCACUCGCUGCGGGGCACGCGGAGGCGGAAAGUGGAGGGCAACACGGGGAUGGGGGGGUCGUCGGGGAAAUCUGCACGGAUUCAGCGCCGGCGAGCGCGGGCGCAGCUGAGGGCGGGGCGGGGACGGGCGCAGGAGCAGAGGCGCCAGAGACGGCAGAGGCGGCGGAGGCGGGCAUGGCAGGCGAGGAAGGCGAGGCGGGCGAGGAAGGCGAGGCGGGCGAGGAAGGCGUGGCGUGGGGGAGGCAGGAGGGGGUGAAGCAGGUGACCCGGUCAGCCACCAAGGCGCUGGCACGACUGGUGGUGGCGGACGUGGCAGAGCGGCUGGGGGGGAGAGGCGCGACCGGGAAAGAUGCGGUGAGCGAGUGCGGGAAAGGCAGCGAUAGUGCACAAUGGUGGGCACGUGGCAUGGGCGGCGCAGAGGCAGGGCCAGGGGGUGCGCAGCAGGUGUCACAGGAGCCGUUUGCCAGCCCUAGUACUCCCAGGAGUACGUCCCACUUCGCCCUGGGUGCACCUCUCUCGUGGGCCGUGCUGCCGGACUCUGUCUCAAGCUUCCUCAGCAGCCCCACCCCCCUGCACCACACCGCAAGCACGGCAGGCUCCUUGGCAUCAGACCUGCUUGCUGAUGCUGCUGCACCACUCCCCCUUGCAGCCAGCAUUGCCACGCUGAGCCAUCCAGCCACAAGCACUGAUGUGCAUUCUUCCUCUCCCACUGCUGACCCCGGCACACCGAGCAACCGGAGCAGCCAAGACAGCCCGGCAGGGGCAGGAGUGAAGCGGAGUGCGCGGCUGAGAGGCAGCGGGCGCCCUGCUGCCAUCUCCCAGCGGGCUUUGGAGGAGGGGGAGGAAGCGGAGGAGGGGGAGUGCGAUGGCAGUGGCGCUUGGAGCUCGAGGUCUGAGAGCCUCUACCGCCCCGUGUGGGGGCGACUGCCGCGUGUGAAGGCCGCCGCACGGCAUGAGGGGGGAGGGGGGGAGGAGGCGGGAGGCAGGCGAGCACACGGAGGGGAUGGUUCAGAGGCAGAGGUGGGGGUGCUGCGGAUGCAGACAGUGAAUGUGGCGAUGCUGGCACGGGCAGCACAGGCCCGACAGGAACGGAUUGCAGAGGCGCUCGUGGGCGCACGAGGGGUAGGGCCAAACGGGGCAGGUAGCAAGGAGCGGACGGCAGAGGUAGGGAUGCCCAAUGUGGAAACUCCAAGGCGUAGGCACAGGCAGAGGAAGGCACGGUUAGAGGAGUGGGGAGAGAGGGCAGCGCGGGAGGAGAGGGCGUUAUGGAGCAAGACGAUGGCAGGCGGGAGAGGCAGGUUCGUGGAGGAAGAGUUCUCAGACAUAGUGGAGGCGUUUCUCAGCACACCCCAUGCCAGAACCAUGGUGGCAAAGGAUGCUGCUCUCGUUCGCGCGUAGAGUUCUUUGAUGCUGUUGUCUUGCUCUGUCCUGCUUCUGCUGUCUCGAGGCU